AUGGAGGCCAAUAUCAACCACAGAAGGGUGGAAAUGGUUCUAAUAAGAGAAAGAAAGGAGACGAACGCGUGUUAUUCUGCAAGGAGGUGCCCCUACAAUCAUCCUGGAAAGGAUUGUGAAGGAAAGCUGGUGGAGUGUAACUACUGCCACAAAUUGGGUCAUCGAGAGUAUGAGUGCUUCUCCAAGAACCCUGAGUUGAAGACUGACAAGGGCAAGAGCGGAAACCAAUUUGGUCAGGGUAAUCGAAACCAGUCAGGAGGCAACAACUAUCAAGGUGGGAACAGGCAAAAUGGGAACAACAAGACCGUUUUGAGUGGAGCUGGUCCUAGUGUGCCUGCAGUGGCAAGGUUGAAUGUCAUAAGUGCUAGGGAAGCUGAGACGUCCAAGGACGUAGUUACGGGUAAUGUUUCUAUUAAUUCCACUUUUGUUAAAGCUUUAUUUGAUUCAGGAGCCGAACGUUCGUUUGUUUCAAAGUUAGUUGCUUCAAAAUAUGGCUUAGGAAACCCUAGAGAUGUUGAAAUUCCUAUUAUGUUACCAUCUGGGGAGGUAGUAACUUGCUCAAGAGUAUAUGAAAACGUCCUUGUGAGAAUUGGGGAUGUAGACUUUGAAACCAACCUCAUAGAGUUUCCAUUGGAAGACUUGGAGAUUAUUUUAGGGAUGGAUUGGCUUAAGGAGUAUAAAGCCGAGAUUCUUUGUGGAGAACAAAAAGUGAGAUUGAGGAAUAAGAAUGGGAAAAAGGUGACUUUCAAGACUAAACCACAAGAAGGUAGAAUUAAGAUCAUUUCAGCCCUAAGUUUGGUAAAGCAAGUGCAGAAGGGAGCUCCGUUAUUCUUGUGUAAUGUGCAGAGGUUGGAAGAAGAGAAGCUUAAGAUAGAACAUGUGAAAGUGGUGAAUGAGUUUCCAGACGUAUUUUCGGAAGAUAUACCGGGAAUGCCACCUCAGAGGGAGUUAGAAUUCACCAUAGACUUAGUUCCUGGAACUGCCCCUAUAUCAAAAGCACCCUAUAGAAUGGCUCCAGCAGAGAUGAAGGAGCUCAACAAGCAACUAGAGGAAUUACUCGAGAAAGGGUACAUUAGACCUAGUUAUUCCCCAUGGGAGCGCCUGUUUUAUUCGUAA